GAAAAAUGAACAGAUUAUCUAAUAUAAAUGAUAGUCAAUAAAUUGUAAGCUUUACUAUAAGAGAUAGUUCUAUGGAAUCUACAUGGAAUGGUGAAGACCACUGAUUCGUUUAAAAGUAUAAUAUUCAACAAAUAUGGUAAAACAAUAACUCAAAACACAUAACUGAAACUUAUGAAAUAAAUUUAGUAGCUGUAUUUGAGUUCAGUUAUGGCAUUGUUUUUCUAUCAUGGUUUCCCAGGUGACGCGUGGUGUUACUCAAAACUAAAGAAGCAGGCCAAGAACGUGAGCGAACGAACACACGUGUUUUACAUUCACUGUAUUAAAUCUGGUUUCUGGAUUUUGAACCUAUUUAAGCAAAACUUCCCCGCAAAUCCCGGUAUUUCUCUCCUUUUCUUUUGUCACUUUCUGCCAACUGUGCCCACCGGAAAUGGUAGGAUACAGAAAAUGUUAGGCUUGUAGUCUCUAUAUAAAGCCUGUUUGAGGGAUAGACAAUUCACUAAGUAUUCUUGUAACGUUUUUAUUGAUUAAGGAAGCAAAAUACAACUCUUGGAAGAUUUUUGUUUGCUUGACUGAAGAAAAAUGGCACCAACAUACUUGUCACCCAGACAAAUACGUGCAAAUGGGGGCGAGAAGCUACCUCAGCGUAGGAAUCCACCCGGGGGAGAAUUCAACCCCGAAACCAACACCUUCAUGAUAUGGAGGAACAGACUCACUGCGCUUGUUGUGGACAGUGAAUCAUUCUGCAGAAUGCUUGAGAAGAGUUUCCUAUCAGCUUAUGGAGUGGAGACUGAGGAUGUAGAGAGUGGUAGUGCUGCUUUUGAGCUCAUCCAAGGUGGAGCUACAUUCGAUCUUAUUGUCAUCAAUCCACAUCUGUGUGGCAUAAGUGGGAUUGAGACAGCUAGAUUGCUUCGAAACAUGGGUGUGCAAAGCAGGAUUGUGGGAAGCUCUGCAAUGUAUGUUGAAGAAGAGCGGUCGUGCUUUCUUGGAGCAGGUGGUGAUCAUUAUGUUGAGAAGCCCUUUGGUCCACACCUCUUUAUUCCAAUCCUUCAACAGCUUGACAACCAAUAAAACUCAAUGAUGAACCAACCAAACUAUACUCUACACACACUUUGAAAGUGUCUUUUAUGUUUAUUGUUUCUUAUGUUUUCUUUAUUUUGAUUUUUGAGACUCUUUUUCUUUCUUUCUUUAAUUUCUGCAAUCUGAUGAACUCUUUCUCAUAGAAAAAUAAAAAAUUUAACUAUGGUGCAUAAAAUUGUGUAAUUGUGUUGUGAUCAGAGUAAGAUUCUUUAUUGUUGUUGCUUCAAUAAACACAAAAACACAUAUAUUUAUCUUAAAACCUAGAAUUUUUUAACUCUAUUCUUCAAUAUAGGAAUAAAUUAUUUAAGAGAUGCAUGUUAGGUUCCUUCCAUCCAUAAGAGAUGCAUGUUACCUGAUGAAGAACACAAUUCAAUCAAACCCACCAAAACUUUAGAUAAUUUCUUUUGUAAGAAAACAAAAAUAAAAAAUAUAUGAAUACAGAAAUAA